AUGGCCAUGCUAGCUAGCUGCAAUGCAAUAUAUCAGGAAGACAACGUGGUAAGGUCUAGUUGGGGGCUUUGCGAUAAAAGACCCUUUCAGGAAUACUACUAA